CACACACACACACACACACACACACACACACACACACACACACACACAGUGUAUUCCUAUCAUUGUGGGGACUUACCAUUGACUCCCAUUCAUAUCUAACCCUAACCUUAACCCAGACCAAAACAAUGUCUAACCCUAAAUAAACGUUUUUGCACUUUUACUUUUUUCAGUCACAACAACAUGGCCAAGAAAACACUGUUUAAACUUGUGGGGACCAAAAUGAGGUCCCCACAAGUGACAUUGUUUUCGGUUUUCCUACAGUUGUGGGGACAUUUGGUCCCCACAAGUAUAGCCAGCACCUGACCACACAUACACACACACACACACACACACACACACACACACACACACACACACACACACACACACACACACACAUAUAUGUAUGUACAAUAACAAUAAUAAUAUUAAUAAAAACUAGAAAUGGAGAGAGAGGUAGGGUUCCUGUGGACGGAGGGAAAGAGGAGGAGGAGGAGGAGGAGGAGGAGGAGGAGGAGGAGGAGGAGGUAAAUCAGGUAGAUUAUUUUCCAGUCAGUGGAGUUUGAGCUCAGAACCAACGUAGCUCUGACAGAAGAGGACCAUAAGCACGAGGAUUUAUGGGAUUAAAGUGAAGAAGAAGCAGAGACUGAAUGUUUGAGCUCCUCAGUAAUCAGAUUACCCAGAACCCACUUGAAGACACAAAGACAGGUGGACAGAAUCAUAUGGACAGGCUGGUCAGCAGAAGUAAUGUAUCAUACCACAUACAGAACCCCUCUAGCCUAGCCACGCAAGACCCAGCUCUGAAGACACAAGGGUCUAGGAACUCUCGACAGGGAGGGAGGCGGGCUAAAAGGUUGUCUAUCAAAUCCCUCUGCAGCAAUUGGGUCUCAGGCGGGCGGCACAUUCGAUGAUUGACAGCUGAUGACUGAAAGGACAAACUCAGGUGUGAACGACCGCCUGGUCUCAACUCGAGUUGACAUUAGCACAACGAGCGGCUGGUUACCGUGGCAGCCACCUGUCUGAAGGACUGGCAGAGCUGAACCUGUAAAGAUGUGGGAGUUGACCUUCGCUUCUGUCUGACUGUCCACCAUGUCUGUCCGCCUGAUCGUCUUCGUCCUCCUCGUCUUCUUGCCGCCGGCCAGCAGCCAGCUGGACGUCUGUCGGUCUCUGCGCAGCUCGGAGGCAGGGCCAGGAUGGGAGUUUUAUGCCUGUCAGCCGCCACACACCAACAUGAAGGAGGGGAUGCAGAUCAGAGUGGACCCCCCUGGGAUCACCUGUGGAAACCCACCUGAGAGAUUCUGCACACUGGAGAACCCGUAUCUAUGCAGCGACGAAUGCGACGCCUCCAGCCCCGACCUGUCUCACCCUCCUCAGCUGAUGGGCGACAGGGAGAGGGGCGGGCUCAUCACCUACUGGCAGACGGUCACCUGGUCCAGGUAUCCUGAGCCCCUGUUGGCCAACAUCACCCUGUCAUGGAACAAGAGCCUGGAGGUGGUGGACGACAUCGUGGUCACCUUUGAGUACGGCCGACCAACCAGCAUGGUGCUGGAGAAAUCCCUGGACAAAGGAAUAACUUGGCAGCCGUAUCAGUACUACGCUGAUGACUGUCUCGAGGCCUUCGGCAUGUCCCCUAAACGGGUCUCGGACUUGGCACCAAGUAACUUAACCCGGGUCAUUUGCACUGAGCAGUACUCCCGCUGGGUCGGAGCCAAGGAGGAGAAGAUGGUGGUGUUCGAGGUGCGUGCUCGGUUUGCGGUGUUUGCUGGUCCAAAGCUGAUCAACAUGGACGCCCUGUACACCCGAAUGGAGACCAUGAAGGCUCGAGACUUCUUCACCUUCACCAACCUCCGGCUGAGACUCCUCCGCCCGGCCUUGGGAGGAACCUAUGUCCAGAGAGACAACCUGCUCAAGUACUUCUACGCCAUUUCCAACAUUGACGUACCUGCCAGGUGUAAGUGUAACCUGCAUGCGUCUCAGUGUGUGCUGCGUGAUGCGACGCUGCAGUGUGAAUGUGACCACAACACGAGUGGACAGGACUGCCAGCGCUGCAGUCAGGGCUUUAAAUCCCGCAACUGGAGACCAGGAUCAUACCUGCCACUGCCCAAAGGCUCCGGCAACCCUUGUGAAGCAGAAGAAACUGCAAUCAAUGCAUCACUGGCUGUAUCUCCUGAUGUACCCCUUCCUGGUCUACCUUCUUCAGAUAUUCCUCCAGAAGUGCCAUCCUCUAGGACUCCAGAACCCUCAAUAGAUGUAGCACCUCCUGAUGUAGCUCCUCCAGAAGUGGCAUCUUCUAGAACUCCAGACAUACCUCCCCCUGAUGGUCUAUCUCGUGAAGUAUCCCCUUCUGAUGCUUCUUCCCGUCCAGCUCCAGAUGGUCCUGUAGAGUCUGUGUUGCCUCCCUCUGAAGAGGACCUUCCUGGUCCCGCAGUAGACACAGUAUCCAUUCCCUCAAAUCCAUCUGACCCAGCUGUUGAUUUGGCACCUGUGGACUUCACCUUCUCUGAUCCAGAUAAUCUAAAUUCUGUUGAAUCUGGACAAGAUUCAGGAUCUGAUUUUGGAACAGUGCCGGUUGGUAAACCUAGGACUAUUUCAAAUGAUUUCCGUGGACCUGUUGAUGCUCCUGGAUCAAAAUCUGGUGACCCUGGACUGGAUCCUUUCUCAGCAGAGCAGGACACAGUACAAACAGGGAAUGGGAAACCACAGUCAAGUACAAGAGAUUCUUCUGUGCCAGAUCCCUCUUCAGUUGCUGAGAAUCUUGAUCUGGAUUCAUCAGGAUCUCAGCAAGAAGUAAAGUCUUCUGAGGAGGAAUCAGUCACACCAUCAGGAAGUUCAGAGUCCGAGGAAAAGAAAGACUCUCAACAAGAAGUGACAGCAGAGCAAAACAGAGAGGAAGUAGUCACUGAGGCCAAAGAAGAAACCACAGAGAAAUCUGAACAGGAAGGAGAGAAGGAGAAAGAAGACAAAGGCUAUGAGAAGAAAGCAACUCAGAAGAUUCUGAUUCCAGGAGGACCAAAGUUCAGUCAGUUGUCCAAAAUCGCCUACGUCUCCUUCCAGGACUGCGAGUGUAAUGGUCACUCCAACCGCUGCAGCUUCAUCGACUUCAUCAAUGUGGUCACGUGUGUGAGCUGCAAACACAACACACGAGGACAGAACUGCCAGUACUGCCGCCUCGGUUACUAUAGAAACUCUUCACUGGCACUGGAUGAUGAGAGCGUGUGUGUCGAGUGUCAGUGUGAUCCAGAAGGUAGUUCAUCUCCUCACUGCUCUGACUCGGGUUUCUGCAGCUGUAAAGUUGGAUCCACAGGGAGGCGCUGUGACGACUGUUUACCUGGAUACACCUGGAGAGGAGGCGGGGCCGGCUGCACAGUGAACGUGUGCGACACCGAGCGUUUGGUUUGUCAGAAUGGAGGAACCUGUGUGGACUUUCAGCGCUGUGUCUGUCCAGAUAGCUUCACAGGUGCGUUCUGCGAGCAAAUGAUCUGUCUGAAGAAAACCGGUUGUCUUGACAACGCUGAGGGCGCCUUCUCUCCUCUGACAUCACACCUAUACCUGCUGACCUUCAGUCUGAUCACCUCCACCUUCUGCUGACCUCAGCAUGAGGCCACGCCUACCAUGACAUCAGAGAAAUGUUUAUUGCUGUUUAUUGUUUACUGAACUGCUGCUGUAACACAUGACGUCACAGUCUGAUAUCAUCAAGUCACUCCACAGAUUCCUCCCUUCACUCUGGACCUGCUGCCUACAUUAUCCAUGAUGCAUCUCUCUGUAACAUUUUAACUCAACAGAUGCAGGAUUCAAACUGUAAAACAUCUGCAUUUAAUGCCACAACUAGAACCACACUGGUCCUCACAACCACAGAAGAACAGAUGAAAUAUGUGUGUUUGUCUUCAGUAGAACCAGUAGAACCUGCUGACAAACAUAACUGUUAAAAACACACUGAUCAAUAAACACAGUGAGAAACUGA